AUGUCCUUUGAUGAGAUCGUGUGGAUUACGUUGCGGGACUCCACAGCACAGUUUCAGGAAUAUUACAGGCAGCGUUUGCGUGUGCAGCAACAUCUGGAACAGAAGCAGCAGCAGAGGGAACUUUACCAGCAGAUGCUGCAAGAGGGCGGAGUCCAGCAGCACGAGGCCCCGCCCACCGCUAAGCACAACCUCACAGAAACCUUCCUUACCAGGUCUAUUCAGAGACUGGAGGAACUAAAUGUGGGAAUGGAUGAUUUGGGAGAAGAGGUGCAGGCUCUCUCUCAGCAGUGUAAUGGAGGCAGUAAUAACAAAAGUGUAGUGAGAGACGCUUCAGCCACACCACAGACACAGGAAGGGUGUGGAGGAACCAGCGAUGUGGUCACCAGCACUCCUCAGAGGUCAGUAGGUCAAGCAGCCUGCCCUCUGCCCAGCCAGUCUCCUGUUCUGUCCCAGAGUUCCCAGAGAGACAAAACUGGACACGAUGACAGUAGUUUGACCUGCUCUAAAGGCCCAGAGAAAGAUAAGUCAAAAGCCAGGUUUGUGAUGGUCAACACCCUGGAGGAUACGCAGGCGGUCCGGGCCGUGGCCUUCCACCCCACAGGGACAAUGUACGCUGUCGGCUCCAACUCUAAGAUGCUGCGUGUGUGUGCCUAUCCUGACACACUGGACACCAGUGGUUCGGGCACAAGUAAACCUCCUGUGAUCUGCUUCAAGAGGAACAAGCAUCACAAAGGCUCUAUAUAUUGUGUAGCCUGGAGCCCAUGUGGACAGCUACUGGCCACCGGCUCCAAUGAUAAAUACGUCAAAGUGCUGCCCUUCAACCCUGAAACCUGCAAUGCUACAGGACCUGAUCUGGAGUUCAGUAUGCAUGAUGGGACUAUCAGAGAUCUGGCGUUUAUGGAGGGUCCUGAGAGCGGAGGGGCGAUUUUAAUCAGUGCAGGAGCCGGAGACUGUAACAUCUAUACAACUGACUGCCAGAGAGGACAGGGCCUGCACGCGCUGAGCGGACACACAGGUCAUAUCCUGUCUCUGUACACGUGGGGGGGCUGGAUGAUAGCGUCCGGCUCUCAGGAUAAGACGGUGCGCUUCUGGGACCUGCGAGUGCCCAGCUGUGUGAGAGUGGUGGGGACAGCCUUUCAAGGAGCAGGCAGUCCUGUGGCGUCGGUGGCAGUGGACCCGAGCGGGCGUCUGUUGGCAUCAGGGCAGGAGGACAGCUCCUGUAUGCUGUAUGACAUCAGAGGCGGGCGCACGGUUCAGACGUACCGGCCUCACUCCAGCGAUGUCCGAUCGGUGCGUUUCUCCCCCGGCGCUCAUUACCUGCUCACAGGAUCCUACGACAACAAGGUCAUCAUCACCGACCUGCAAGGUGACCUGACGAAGCCGCUGCCGUUGACCGUUGUGGGAGAGCAUGCUGAUAAAGUGAUUCAGUGCAGGUGGCACACACAUCACCUCUCUUUCCUGUCCUCCUCUGCUGACCGCACGGUCACACUCUGGACACAGGCCACGUAGAGCCAGCUCUGGCCACUAGAGGCAAACAGCACAUGCAUAUACAGUAUGUGUGUGCGCUGUGCUUCUGUUUUGACUCUGUUUGUUAUAAGUGUGUAUUUAUUUUGUGUUCCUGGAAGUUGAGUUCUUUAUCAGUGAAUGGCUGAGAUAAGUGCAAACCUUUUUUAUGUACAUAUUAUCUGAUUGACUGCCAGUGUGUCUAAUGGCCCUGUGCCAUAUUGGGAUGUGAUGCUUUGUUGUAGUGUGCUAGCUUAUGUAUGUGCUUCCCAUUCACACAGACUCAGUGGUGUCAUCUGAUCUAUACUGUGGCCUUCCUCUCUGUGUGUCUAAUCUCCAUACAUCUGUACUUGCCUGUUUGAAUCUAGCCUCUUGAAAUAGAUGCAGUAUUCAUUAUCUGUGUAAUUUUUGAUGUAUCACUGCAAACUGUAUGAAUGCAACCUGACUGAGUGCAAGAUGUACAUGCAGUACAAUGCUUGCAGUCUAAAAACGUGAACAUUAUUAUGACCCGCUGCAAAUACUGUUUCGAAAUUCAGCUGCUUGUGUAAAUAUCAAAAGCAACCUUAAUGUAAACUGCCUUUAAAAAUGCUGUCAAGUUAGUCUCAUUUAAAGUGGUUGAUGUUUGAAUUGUACUCUUUCUGCUUGAAACAGUCUGCAGCCCUUGUGAGUGCCUCUGAAUGAUGGCAAUGGUUAAAGUAUUGAUUUUUUUUAAUGUAGAUGAAGGGAAUCUGUGUCCUGUAAAUGUCAGUAUAUAGCUCUAAAAACUUCAAAUGAAAUGUUUUGGAUGUUGGCACACAGGUUUGUUAAACGGGUGAAAUAGUUUGACACUAUGAUCUUGCACUUUUUGUGUUUUUUAACAUCCACUUCCUGUUUAGUUUCAAGCACUUUUGUUUUUUGGAUAGUUUAUGUUGUAUAUUUUCCAGUGAUGUAGAUUUUAUUAUUUAAUCUUAAGUUUUUACAAUUAAUUUUAAAGCAAAGCCAAACUAACAUGUUGACAUAUUUUUAUAUGCUGGAGCAGCUCUCAUUUGAACUCAUGUAGUGAAAUAUUGUGUCAUUCCUGUAAUCUUUUCUUAAUCAUAUUUGGACAUCAGUGACUACAGUAAAGGCUCAUGGGACAAGUCUGCUGCUGUUAUGUCUGAAUAAAUAACCCUA